AGAGACAUGAAGAGACAGAGACGCUUGAAGGGUGAGCAGGACGCGGCCGGCGGUGUCGUGGAAGCUGCGCUGACGCCGGCGACGGUUGCGGUGCCGGUGAGUAAGACGGCGUCGAGUUCGAAGAAGACGAGGAAGGUUGUGGUUGAUCAGAAGGAAAAGGAGGUCGGACUGGAAGUGGGGAGGAGGGAGACGGGAGAAUGCAGUGGCGCUGCGGCUGCGGCUGCGGCGGCUGCGGCGGCAGAGAGUCUUUGGGGGUGUGACGAGUGGCCGGUGGCGGCGGUAGAGGAGCAGAUGUGGUGGCGGUCUAGUUGGUCGCCGUUCUGGGACGUGGAGUUAAUGGGGGAAGCCAAUCACAGUGCACUGUUUAGUGACGUAGUUUGGGAUAUGGAUAUUUGGAACUUGAAUGGCACCAGCUGAGAGAGAGAGAG